AUGACGAAGGUUCUUAUUUCUGGUGCUUCAGGCUAUAUUGCUCAACAUAUUAUCAAAGAUCUAUUGGCUCAAGGCUAUGCUGUAGUGGGUACAGUCAGAUCAGCAGAAAAAGGAAACAAGUUAGCUAAAUUGUUUAACUCCAGCAAGUUCUCCUUCGAAAUUGCCAGCUUAACAGAAGAGAACGCUUUUGAUAAAAUACUUAUUAACAACAAGGAUGCGACAGUAUUCUUACAUACAGCCUCUCCGUUGCCUCAUGAUGCGAAUGAUAAUGAGAAGGACUACUUAAUCCCAGCGGUCGAAGGUACUAAAUCUGUAUUGCAAGCAAUCAAGGAUCAUGGUCCUCAAAUUAAAAAUGUAGUGAUUACAUCAUCCUUUGCUGCAGUUAAAGAUUCCAAAAAUAACGGCUCUUUACCUUACACCGAAGAAAGCUGGAAUUCUGUUACGUGGGAAGAAGCUGCCAAGGACAAGUCUCUUGGAUAUGCUGGAUCGAAGAAAUUUGCUGAAAGAGCUGCUUGGGAUUUUCUUGAAAAGGAAAAACCCUAUUUCACGUUAUCUAUUGUUAACCCUACAUAUGUGUUCGGACCCCAAGCUUUUGAUGAAGAAGUCAAGGAGAAGUUGAACUUUUCUGCGGAAAUUAUCAACUCCAUUGUUAGACUGGGUUCUACCGGUAAGGUACCACAGUUCGAGGGAGCAUUUAUUGAUGUUAGAGACGUCGCCAAGGCUCAUAUUUCUGCCUUCACCAAUGAAAAGGCUUUUGGUAAAAGAUUAUUAUUAUACAAUGGACCAUGCAAUGUUCAAGAUAUUGUCAGCUACAUUAAGGAAGAUUUUCCUCAAUUAAAAGUACCAGUAGUUAAAGGCAAUGGGAUGAAAAGUGAUUCGAAAGCGAAUACAACUGUUGAUAAUAAAAUCACUCGUAAAAUUCUUGCUUAUGAUUUCAUUGACUUAGAAAAGUCCCUCCACGACUCGAUUAGUCAAAUCUUGAAAGUUUACCCUAUUUCAUGA